UUUAUAUGCAAUAAGAGGUAUAGAAAAAUGUAGAUGUUUAUACAGCUUAAUAAACUAAGCAACAUAAAUAAUGUUAUAGUUUAGAAACAAAUACAAGUCUAAAAAUAUUGAAAAGUAUUUAAAAUAGAAGUACUGUUGCAAAAGUUUGUGAAGAUAAUUUAUCAAAUUUAAAUCAAGUUAUAGACAGAAAGUAAGUUAAAAUUUAUGUUAAAGAAAAACAAAAUAAUUAAGGAUAUUUAACAAGCUUUUUAUAAUCUAUGUAAAUUAGUUAAAAUAACUUAGGUUGGGUCGUUUACGUAAUCCAAUUUAAUAGGAAUAAGAAUCUAGUAUAAAUGAUUCAAGUGGAGAUUGGCAACCCGAUGACGAAGAAGAAGAGGAUGAUACUUUUUAAUAACAGUGAAAUUUUAAUU